UUGUUUCUAAACCUAAAACUUCUUUUUCUUUAUAAGAGAUGUUUUUGUGUUGAUCUAGUAGGGAAUAGAGAUUGAUCACAUUUUAAAUUGUAAUGCAAGUCUCUUAGAACUUUUGCUUCGAAUUAGUUUUUUGGGUCCUGCAUUUAGGUUGGGAAUGCUACACUUGACUUUCAUAUGAAUUAUUGUAGAGUGUUAAGUGAAUCUACAAAAGUCUUCUUCUUCGUCUUUGUACUUGUAACAUUUUUUUCAAUCCAAUACUUUUUUGUUAGAUCGUUUUUUUUUGUUGAUUGGAUCUCAUGUUUAAUAUCAGUGAAAAAAAUUCGAGCUUCAGAAACGAUGGCGGCCUUUCCUAAUCCCAAUUCUAAUGCUGGACUGAAGAAGCUCGACGAGCAUCUUCUUACACGUUAUUACAUUACAGGUCACAAGGCUUCAAAGGAUGAUAUCACCGUCUAUGCGGCCCUUUCAAAACAUCCACCAUCGCAAUAUGUGAACGUAUCUCGUUGGUACAACCACAUUGAGACUCUAUUGGGUAUCUCAGGUAUCUCUUGUCAAGGGAGUGGUGUCAGUAUUGACGGACUGGUCUCUACCUCAGAACAUGCGGUUGCUGGUUCUAAUGAUGGUGUUGCGGUUGUUGAUAAUGAUAAAGAUGUUGAUCAAGAUGUUGACCUUAUCCGCGAAGAUACCCAAAAGGAAAAGAAAAGUGCUGAAGAGAGAGCAACUUCCACAAAGAAGAAAAUAUGUUGGGAGUCGGUUUUAAUAGUUAUCAUACCGCAGGAUUGUCAGACCAACAUGAAGAAGCUAGAGGAACGUCUAAGAACUAUUCAAAUGGAAGGACUGAUUUGGGGAGCAUCAAAACUUGUCCAUGUUGGAUAUGGAGUCGAGUUGUUGCGGAUCAUAGCCACCAUGCCUAGAAAUGAGAAAAUUGAUGUUUUCGACGUACUCGUCGGUGACUAUAUAUCUUUUUUAGGACGUUUCAAUGUUGCGACUGCGGGCUUGCAUCAAUCUCUAGUUCUUAUCAACCCAAAUGAUGAAGAGACCGACAUGAAGAAGCUAGAGGAAACUGUAAGAUCCAUUCAAGUGGCAGGGCUGUUUUGGGGAGCAUCAAAGCUUGUCUCAAUUGGCUAUGGAAUCAAGUUGUUGGGGAUUGAGUGCACAGCCGUUGGACACCUUGCUCAUCUUGGACGCAGAGUAGGUUUCAACACCAUUUUCAAAGAGAAAAUAAUGGAUCAUCCGUAUGUCCAGAGCUGUCAAACUCUCAGCUUAAACAUAAUAUGUAAUGGAAUCACAGAAGAGGAAUCUCAUUCUAAGGUGUUCUCUAUUGUUUGUUAUCUGUCCACAAAGGAUAAUGCGGCUGAUGAUGAUGAUCUUAACCUUUUUGGUGAAGAGAGCGCAGCUGGUAAGUCAGGGUUAGUGCUUCGAAAGCUGUUUGGUGACAAUCCCGACAUAAAGAAGACAGAAGAAACUGUAAGAUCCGGUCAGAUGGAAGGAGUAGUAUGGGGAGCAUCAAAGAUUUACAAUGUUGGCUAUGGAUUCAAGUAUAUGCGAACCAUAUUCACCAUUGUUGACGACCAGUUGUCUCUCGAUACUGUCACUAGAAACACUGGCGGUAUCCCCUUGAACAGAAUAUGUAAGCGUCAAAAACCAUUUUUAAACUCCUUGAAGUUGUUGAUGUGAAAGAUGAUAGGUUUUGUAUUAAACUUUGGCUUGAAAAAUAAUGCAGAGGAUCGAAAAAACCUUCAAGGGGAAGCUUUAUUGGAUAUCUUUUUCCUUUUAGAAAAUAGUUUU